UCAGGAAAUUAUUGCAGAAGUUUCCAAACUGAAGCAAGCAGUGCCCAGGUCCCUGUAACAGCAGGUAGCCUUCUGACAUCAGCAGUUACCGGUGCUUUUUCCCAGGUACGAAGGACCUCCAGACCAGACCCAGCCAGCAACAAAAAGAGCAUGGAGCUGAGGAGCACGGCAGCCCCGAGAGCUAAGGGCUACAGCAACACAGCCUUCCAGAAUGAAGAAAAUUUUCUUGAGAAUGAGAAUACAUCAGGAAACAACAACUCGAUAAGAAGCGGAGCUGCGCAAAGAGGCGAGCACACAAACACCAAACAGGGCGAGGAACAGGUCACAGUUGAACCGGAUUCUCCAAGAAACAAAGAAGACAUGGAGGAUGAUGACGAGGAGAUGCAGCCAAAAGGGUGUUUGGAAAGGAGGUAUGACACAGUAUGUGGUUUCUGUAGGAAACACAAAACGACUCUUCGACACAUCAUCUGGGGCAUGUUAUUAGCAGGUUAUCUGGUUAUGGUGAUUGUGGCCUGUGUGCUGAACUUUCACAGAGCCCUUCCUCUUUUUGUGAUUACUGUGGUUGCCAUCUUCUUCGUUGUCUGGGAUCACCUGAUGGCCAAAUAUGAACAUCAAAUUGAUGAGAUGCUGUCUCCUGGAAGAAAGUUUCUGAGCGGCCAUUGGUUCUGGCUGAAGUGGGUGAUCUGGAGCUCCCUGGUCCUAGCAGUUAUUUUCUGGCUGGCCUUUGACACCGCCAAAUUGGGCCAACAGCAGCUGGUGUCCUUCGGUGGGCUCAUAAUGUACAUUGUCCUGUUAUUUCUAUUUUCCAAGUACCCAACCAGAGUUUACUGGAGACCUGUCUUAUGGGGAAUUGGGUUACAGUUUCUUCUUGGGCUCUUGAUUCUAAGGACUGACCCUGGAUUUAUAGCUUUUGAUUGGUUGGGCAGACAAGUUCAGACUUUUCUGGAGUACACAGAUGCUGGCGCUUCAUUCGUCUUUGGUGAGAAAUACAAAGACCACUUCUUUGCAUUUAAGAUCCUGCCGAUCGUGGUUUUCUUCAGCACUGUGAUGUCCAUGCUGUACUACCUAGGACUGAUGCAGUGGAUUAUUAGAAAGGUUGGAUGGAUCAUGCUAGUUACUACGGGAUCAUCUCCUAUUGAAUCUGUAGUUGCUUCUGGCAAUAUAUUUGUUGGACAAACAGAGUCUCCACUGCUGGUCCGACCAUAUUUACCAUACAUCACCAAGUCUGAACUCCACGCCAUUAUGACCGCUGGGUUCUCUACAAUUGCUGGAAGCGUCUUAGGUGCAUACAUUUCUUUUGGGGUUCCAUCCUCCCAUUUGUUAACAGCGUCAGUUAUGUCGGCACCUGCUUCAUUGGCUGCUGCUAAACUCUUUUGGCCUGAGACAGAAAAACCUAAAAUAACCCUCAAGAAUGCCAUGAAAAUGGAAAGUGGCGAUUCAGGGAAUCUUCUAGAAGCUGCAUCGCAGGGAGCAUCCUCCUCCAUCUCUCUGGUGGCCAACAUCGCUGUGAAUCUGAUCGCCUUCCUGGCCCUGCUGUCUUUUAUGAAUUCAGCCCUGUCCUGGUUCGGAAACAUGUUUGAUUACCCACAGCUGAGUUUUGAGCUAAUCUGCUCCUACAUCUUCAUGCCCUUUUCCUUCAUGAUGGGAGUGGAAUGGCAGGACAGCUUUAUGGUAGCCAGACUCAUAGGUUAUAAGACCUUCUUCAAUGAAUUUGUGGCUUACGAGCACCUCUCAGAAUGGAUCCACUUGAGGAAAGAAGGUGGACCCAAAUUUCUGAAUGGCGUGCAGCAAUAUCUAUCGAUUCGUUCUGAGAUCAUCGCCACUUACGCUCUCUGUGGUUUUGCCAAUAUUGGUUCUCUAGGAAUCGUGAUCGGUGGACUCACAUCCAUGGCUCCUUCCAGAAAGCAUGACAUCGCCUCUGGGGCAGUGAGAGCUCUGAUUGCGGGGACUGUGGCCUGCUUCAUGACAGCCUGCAUCGCAGGCAUACUCUCCAGCACUCCUGCAGACAUCAACUGCCAUCAUGUUUUAGAGAACGCCUUCAACUCCAGUUUCCCUGGAAACAUGACCAAGGUGAUAUCUUGUUGCCAAAGUCUGUUGAGCAGCACUGUUGCAAAGAGUCCUGGUGAAGUCAUCCCAGGGGGAAACUACAGCCUGUAUUCUUUGAAGGGCUGCUGCACAUUGUUGAAUCCAUCAACCUUUAACUGCAGUUGGAUCUCUAAUACAUUUUAAGGUCAGCCACUUCCAGUGGAACUGUAAGUACAGAUGUUGACUUUUCUACUUUGGAGAGAGAAAAAAAAAAAAACUAUUGUCCACAGACAGAUACUUCCAUUGCAGAAUUAGCUUUAAUUGCAAGGAAUGAAGAAAAACAAGAGCGGACCUUCAGAGCUACAGCAUCUUCCUCCUCCCCUUCCCUCCCCAUGAGCCCCUUUCCCACUGAGAACUGCUAUGAUGUCCCAAAGUGAGGUGCCAUUGUUUCUAGUCUCAAUGGUAUUUUCUGACUUUAAUGUUUCCAAGGCAUUUCACCAGAAUACAGGUAUGAAUGGCAACUUGCAACAGCUGGGCUCUGACUCACCCACACCCACUUAGUUCCACUAAGUAGUCCAGGGUGACUCAGUUUAAGCACAUCUCUGGUGAGAUCACUCUGCAUUCACCUUGGCUUACCAGAAAUAGUCCGAACUUGAAUCUCACAUAAGGGAAAACCAGUCAUCAAUCACCUUCUCACUGCCUACCCUCAGGAAGUCCUGCAGAAAUCAAGAGUCCUUGAGGAAAACAUAUGGACCAUUCUGCUUAAGAGUUCUAUCAGUCAGCUUAAGCAUAAUUUAUGCUGCAGUAGCAAGCAACCCAAAAACCUCAGUGGCUUACAGAUUUAUGUUUUACUCGCAUAUUUGUAAUGAUGCGUGUUGGCUGUAAUCCAUGUUGUUUCAGGACCCAGUCUAAAGGAGCAGCCUCUAAGGGGGGUAUGUUGGUCUUCAGAGAGAAAAGAAAGGUGGGAACCAUAUGAUGGUUCUUUCAUCUUCCACUAGGAAAUGAUACCCUUCACUUCCAUGACAUUCCAUGGGCCAAAAUAAGUCCUGUGACAGGCACGAUGUCAGUCGCCACAGAUAAAUUAUCCUGUCAUAGGAAGGGAUAGUGAAUAUUUUGCAGAAGUAAUAUGAUACACCAAAAGCGUAUAUGACAUCUGUGUCUCCCUUCCAGGAGCCAUCCUAUUGUAGGACAUAACGGUAGGCCUUUUCACGUGCACAUUUGGUAAUGUAUUCCUGAUAACAAAGCAGCUACUUUUCAAUCAAAAAGCCAUGUAAGAAUCAGCUGAGGGAAAAAAAAAAGUCCUGGUUGAGCUCUGAAAAUUGCACUGAUAAUUCCAUUGACCAAGAGGCGUCUGCAUCAAACUUGAAGAAUGGGUGUCCAUGUCUAAGAAGAAAAUUCCAGAGACAGUGGUAGUGUGUUCUUCAAUGAAAUGCCCAUCACCACUGCUCUUAAUAGCAUAAAGACCACAUGCUAUGAGAAAUCACAAAGGUCAAUUACCAAGUCAAGAAACAGACACUGAAUGUGAAAAAGGUUUUGAAAAAUACCUUAAGUAAUUUAUUUUGUUUAUAUUUUUUCUUCUGUUUGUAUACAAGAGUAAUUUAGAAGAAAAAUGUAUGUGUAAAUAGUUGGGGUUUUUUUGUGUUUUGUUUUUUGUGGUGGUGAAGGAGGAGGCUAAAUGCCCAGAGAACUGUUUAUCCCUGAAGUAUGAUACACUAAAAUAUUUCUCAUUAUUAUUUGUAUAAAUUUUCCUUGGAACUCAGUGUUCCCUUGCAGUCUUCAGACGUUAUUUUAAUAAAAUAUAUUUGCACAUUUUCCCCCAUU